AGCCAGUAGAGAAAGCACAAAGCAAGAUGGAGAACAAAGGCCUAGGAAAGAAGAAACAACACCAAACCAAAGUAGAAACCAAACACGGCAGGCAAAGCAACACAAAAGGAGCUGCUGGGAAAAAGCCAGGAAGGAUGCUAGGAGAGAGCGACCGGCGAGAAGCAACACACACACAAAGUCCUGGUUGAACGAGGAGCAUCCAUGAAACAUCUGACAACGAUGAAGCACCCAGCACGGCUUCAGGAGACCUGAUUGGGAUCGCUCUCAGCUGGGUCCUGCUCAGGGGGGGUCGAUAGUUGCAGAGAGGACCUAACAGUUUGAGGGUACCACUUUUUUUUUUGCACUUUAUUACUCGACACGCAAAAAUGUCGUUCUCUUGCGAUCACUCUUUGGAUGGGAGCUUCCCUCCUUCCCCGGCGGAGGACGAGGGCUCCAAGCGGCUGUCCUGGGGCAGGCUGCUGCACAGGCUGGCCGAGCUGAAGGGUUCCAACCAGAAGCUUUCCACACAGCAGUGCAACAGUGAAACUGGUUCUGUAGCAGACAUGUCCCUGUCAGAGUCUGAGAGCAGCUUCCUCUGUUACCCCCUGGAGGAGACCCUGGCUGCAGACGUCGUAGCCACCAUUGCACAAUCCCUCCACCAGGCGUCCCACGUCCUGGGCUGCGGCACAAUCAUCAUCCCAGACCCUUUGCUGCACCACAUGGGUCAAGAACUGGUCCACCUGGCGGGCAGCGAGCCCUGCGGCCUGAGGGGAGCGCUCAUAGAUCUCUGCGUGGACAAGGGAGUCCCGGGUGAGCCGUGUCCCGUGGAUCAAAUCGCAGUGGACGCGAGCUUGGUGCCCACUUUCCACGUCACGCUGGUGCUGAGGGUGGAGUCUGGGGGAUUGUGGCCGAAGGUGCAGAGGCUCUUUAAAUCGGAGAAGACGUGCCAGUUGCCUGCCAGGCGGUCUGUGAGACUGAGCUCCGGUUUCAGGGCCAUGAAGAGGAAGUUGUAUUGUUCAGGGGAGCUGCUGGUUGAAGAGUGCUGCUGAUCACCGCUGAGGACUUUCAAAAUGGCACUAAGCGCACCAUCCUUAGCUGGUACGCAAGGCAGCUCAUCACCUGUGGGGGACUUUUUUUUUUUUGAAAACAAAAGAUGUAAAGUUAUGUUAUGUUUUUUUUUUUACCAGAAAUAAAUUAUAUUUUCUAUACAUAACAUGUGUGGUCU